AUGGACAAACCAGUGUGCUUGAUUGACACGGCAUCCGAUGGGAAGCUGUGUGUGCAGGGGUCAGCGUUGCAGGUUCUGGAGCAGAUCCAGCAGCCCGUGGUGGUGGUGGCUGUGGUGGGUCUCUAUCGCACCGGGAAGUCCUACCUGAUGAAUCGACUGGCCGGGAAACAAACAGGGUUUGCACUGGGCAGCACAAUCGAGUCCAAGACGAAGGGCAUCUGGAUGUGGUGCGUGCCUCACCCCACUAAAGCAGAAACCACUCUGGUGCUGCUGGACACCGAGGGACUCGGGGACGUGGACAAGGGGGACUCGAAGCAUGACACAAACAUCUUCUGUCUGGCUGUGUUACUGAGCAGCACUCUGGUCUUCAACAGUCAAGGGACGAUCGACAACAGGGCUGUAGAGGAGCUGCAAUAUGUUACUGAACUAACAGAGUGCAUCAAGGUCAAUUCACCAGACGAGGAUGUUGAUGAUUCAAAUGAGUUUGUGAAGUUCUUCCCUAGUUUCAUCUGGGCAGUGAGGGACUUCACUCUGGAGCGAAAGAUUGAUGGCAAAGAUGCAACAGAGAAUGAUUAUCUAGAGUUUGCUCUGAAGCUAAAACAUGGUAAUUUAAGUAUGGUACCAAAUAUUAUUUUAAGAGCCACAAUGAGCCACAAUGAGCUCUUUGGAGCUGUGCCGUGUCUGGAGAAUGCUGUGAUUGCCAUGGCAAUGAUUGAGAAUCAAGCUGCGGUGAAGGAGGGGCUUGAGGUGUACCAGAGUGGAAUGGAGAAACUGAAGAACUCCUUCCCUCUGGAGUUAAAGCUUGUGUCCUCGGAACACCAACGUCUCAGUGGCAUGGCAACACAAACCUUCAUGACUCGAUCUUUCAGGGACACUGACGGGAAGCACCUGAAAUCUAUAGAGGAAAAAGUUAAUGAACUCUUUGAUGGAUACCUGUGCCAAAAUGAGCAAGCAUCUAAGAAAAGAUGCGAGGAUCUCCUGUCAUCCCUCUCAGCAACAAUGACUGAAAAACUCAAACAGGGCGUCUAUGCUCAAUCUGGUGGCUAUGAUCUCUUCUGCAAGGAUCUGGAGGACAUUGUGAAGAAAUACAACAGCCAGACCAAUAAAGAAGUCAAGGCUGAAGCGGUCUUCAAGGUGUUUCUGAAGCAGAAGUCUGUGGAUUCUAAAGCUAUUCUGCAGGCUGACAAAAAACUGACUGAGAAGGAAAAAAAGAUUAAAAAGGAAACAGAGAAAGCCGUACUCCUGGCGCAGGAAAUCAAAGCUAAAGAGGAGGAGCAGCGACAGUUACUAGAGAAGAUGGAAGCAGAAAGACAGAGUAAUGAAGAGAGGAUGAAACAGAUGAAGGCAAAGAUGGAUGAGGAGAUGAGGCUUCAGAGAGAGGAGGCCGAGCGUGCCAUGGACAGCAAUCUAAGGGAGCAGGCCACUCUGCUGGAGAAGGGCUUUCAGGAGAAGGCUGAGAGGAUGAGCCAGGAGAUAGAAGAGUCCAAGAGACAGAACGCUGAAGCUGAGAGUAAUAGAGCUCGAGAGUUUGCAGAGCUGUUGGAGAACUCCAAUAAGAGACAUGAAGAGUCUAUGGCUAUGAUGAUGCAGCAGCACCGUGAACAGAUGAAGGCUUUACAGCAGCAGAUGAGUGCGCUCCCUUUGGGUGGAUGUUGCAUCUUGUGAAAUGCAUUAAGAGGCAUGUAAUUGUACAAUGAAAUUUACUUGCUGAAAAAUGAUUCUGUACCUCUACAUAUAACAGCAUUGAAAGUAUUGUUUCCAUAUACCGUUAAACUACAAUUAAACUGAGUGCUAUCAUUAUUCAGAUAAGUAAUUGACCCUUCGCAAAGACCCACCCCCUUAGUUACCAUUUUGUGUCUCUUUAAUGUGUUAAAGCACAUGAACCAACCAUAUCUUCCUUUUUACUAGUUAUAACACAAAAUAAAUAUGCAUGAACAUCAUAAGGUAUUUUGUAUCUCAUUUCAACCACAGAGAUACACACCAUUUUUCAAGUUAAAGUCCACUGAAGUUAAUCUACUCUCCUUUCUGGUUUGACAGACAAAAUUGCAGAUUCUGCGUUAUGAUUGGUCAGAUCCCCUGUCAAUCAAACUCCCGGGGAAGGGUGAAUUGAGACAAAUAAUGAGUCAAUUACACAUUAUAUCACGUUUGGUCUUGUUCUGUAUCGCGUAUAUUGUCGGUGUCUGCGCUUGCUUGGCCAUUUUUUGUGGAAAAAAUAAGGAAAG